AUGUGACACUUCCUCGUCUGCAAUGUGCAAUGGAUGUUUAUCUCAUUCAAACGUCUAUAUUGUUUUGUAGUUUAAUAUGUGGUUUGGGGGCACCGAAUACAGCGGACAAAUCGUCUCCGAACAUUGUCAUCAUGCUUAUGGAUGACAUGGGCUGGGGAGAUUUGGGGAGUUUUGGCCAGCCCUCCAAGGAGACCCCAAACCUUGACUCCAUGGCUGCUCAGGGGAUGCUGUUUCCCAACUUCUACACAGCCAACCCCCUCUGUUCUCCAUCCAGAGCUUCUCUUCUGACAGGACGUUUACCAGUAAGAAAUGGUUUCUAUACCACCAACGCCCAUGCCAGGAACGCCUACACACCUCAGGAGAUUGUAGGCGGAAUCUCGAAGGAUGAGAUUCUAUUACCCCAGGUGUUAAAGAAGAAGGGUUACGUCAACAAGAUCAUCGGCAAGUGGCACCUUGGUCACAGAACUCACCACCUUCCUCUGGAGCAUGGUUUUGAUGAAUGGCUUGGUGCUCCCAACUGCCACUUUGGCCCCUACAACAACAGCGACAGGCCUAAUAUCCCGGUCUACAACAACUCUCAGAUGGUGGGAAGAUACUAUGAGGAGUUUGAGAUCGAUAAGAAAACUGGAGAAUCAAACCUGACACAAAUCUACUUGAAGGAAGGCCUUGACUUCAUAUUUCAUCAAGCCAAGGCUCGGCGGCCAUUUUUCCUGUACUGGGCAGCAGACGCCACGCAUGCUCCGGUUUACGCUUCAAAGCGUUUCCUUGGGAAGAGUCAGAGGGGCCGAUACGGCGAUGCUGUGAUGGAGCUGGAUGAUAGUGUUGGACAGAUCCUGAACUCGCUGCGUGAUCUGGGCAUUGACAAGGACACCUUUGUGUUCUUUACCUCAGACAACGGCGCCGCGCUGAUGUCCGGCCCGAAGCAAAGUGGAAGUAACGGCCCCUUCCUCUGCGGGAAAGAAACUACGUUUGAGGGGGGAAUGAGGGAACCUGCCAUUGCCUGGUGGCCCGGACAUAUCCCAGCAGGCACUGUGAGCCAGCAGCUGGGAUCAGUGAUGGAUCUGUUCAGCACCAGUCUGUCUCUGGCUGGCCUUAAUGUUCCAGAAGACCGGGCCAUCGAUGGACUGGACCUCAGCCCUGUCCUUCUCAACAACACACAUGUCAACAGGCCCAUCUUCUAUUACCGGGGCAACGAGAUGAUGGCAGUCCGGCUUGGACCAUACAAGGCCCACUAUUGGACAUGGAGCAACUCGUGGGAGGAGUUUAACCAGGGCAUUGAUUUCUGUCCAGGCCAAGAGGUGGCAGGUGUGACCACCCACACCCAACAGGAACACACUAUGCAGCCAAUCAUCUUUCACCUGGGGCGGGACCCUGGGGAGAAAUACCCAAUCAGUGUUCUGACUAAGGAGUACCAGGAUGCACUGAGUCGGAUAACGCCAGUGGUGGUAAAGCAUAAGAAUGGUCUGGUACCAGGUCUGCCCCAGCUCAAUAUGUGUGACCUGGCUGUCAUGAACUGGGCACCUCCAGGAUGUGAAAAGUUAGGAAAAUGCCUUAAAGCCCCCAAGUCCCAGCCCUGGAAAUGUGACUGGCCGCACUAACUGUUUGUGUGCCAACCUGGAAUGAAGAAAGAUAAAAAAAAAUUCUUUGGUUUAAAUUGAUUGUUCAAACUAAUUAAGGACAUUGUGAAAGCUGUCUGGGUAUAUAUGAUUAAUAAAAAAGCUGAUUUGCA